CAUUUUCAAUUUGAGUUUGGAAAAUGUCCAAGAAUGAGGAAGAACUGAGUGUGAUAAGAGAACCUAGUACAGAAGUAAAUGAAGAAGGAGGUGAUGAUAAAGGUGUGAGAUACGCAAUAACAGGACACACGGAACAAGAAAUAGAUGCCGAAUUGGAGAAGUUAGAAGAAGGAAGUAUCGCAAAGGGAGGGCGCCGAAUAUUUUCUUCCACUUUGUUUGGAAACCCAAAAUAUUUCAUAUGGGUUCUGGCGUCGUUUGCUAGUAUGGGAGGUAUCUUAUAUGGUAUUGACCAGUCCUUAAUAAGUGGAGCCGGCUUGUAUGUACCAACUGAUCUGAACUAUGGCUCAAACAAAGAAUCUAUGAUUUCCGGUUUCAUGCCUCUGGGUGGUAUUUUUGGUGCAAUUAUGGUUUAUCCCACAAAUGAACUAAUUGGAAGAAAAUGGUCUAUUAUUGGUGCUUGUCUUCUUUAUACUGUGGGAGGUAUUCUUGAGGCUGAUGCUCAGUCUUGGGGAAUGCUUCUUGCAGGAAGAAUGAUCUUGGGUGCUGGAGUAGCUUUGGAGGCUGCAACGGUCCCUGGUUAUAUUGCAGAAUGCAGCACAAAGCGUUGGAGAGGGGGCCUCGUAUCUCUUUAUCAAGUCAUGAUUAUGUUAGGGUUGCUGUUUGGUUAUAUUGAUGCUGCCAUCUUUGUAGACGUUUCUGGAAAUUGGCGUUGGAUGUUAGGUUCCUCAUUACUGUUUUCUACCAUUUUUCUUAUUGCUAUGCUAUUUCUACCUGAAAGCCCCCGUUAUUUGAUGAAGGUUGGAAAGAAGCUAGACUCAUAUGUGAUAUGGAAAAGAGUUAGAGGCUUCUCCACUUUCGAAGAGAAAGAAGAAUUCUUUCAAAUGGAACAGCAUGUAUUGGAAGAAAUAGAAUCAGCGAAGGGCCGUUUUAUCUGGUUGGACUUUAUUAAUAAGCCUCGUUGCCGACAUGCCGCACAAUAUGCAAUAAUCCUAAUGAUUAUUCAACAGUUUUCAGGAAUUAAUUCAGUAAAUUAUUAUAUGGGAACGCUGAUGCAUGAGACCGGGCUCACCAAACAACAAGCUGUGUAUACCAGCAUGAUUGGAGGAGGCACAGGGUUUUUAUCCACCAUUCCUGCAAUAUAUUUGAUGGAUCGGUUGGGUAGAAGAACUCUAUUAUUAAGUCUUAUUUCUGGAGUUUUCAUUGGUCUACUUAUCAUAGGGUUCUCAUUCUUGUCAUCAAGUACUCAUACCAAGGAGGGUAUAUACAUAUGGGGCGUUGUGAUAUACUACUUAUUCUGGGGCUCAUGUCUGGGUCCAACUCCUUGGGUUGUCGGUUCUGAGGUUUGGCCAACAUAUUUGAGAAGUCAAGGAUUGUUUUUGACAGAUAUUACCAACUGGACUGGUGACUUUAUUACAACCUAUGCAUUUCCGCAUAUGACAGCUGCAAUGACUAAUGAAGGCACUUUCUGCGGAUUCUAUGCAGGCAUUGUGCUUAUUGGUACUUUUUAUCUAAUGUUAUUUAUGCCAGAGACGAAGGAUAAGACGCUGGAAGAGUUGGAUCAGGUCUUUGAACAGCCGUUGAGUGAUUUGAUGGCAGAAAAUAUUCAGAAGUUGAAGGAGACUUGGGAUGAUUUGAAAUCGUUCCGCUUUAGCAGAGUUUGGGCUCUUUCAAAGUAAAUGUUCCUUCAAUCAUUGAUAUUGUCCUUGCUUUGUUUGAUGGUUCGAGACAUUUGUGUGUUGCUUCGGAAAAUUCAUUAUUAAAAUAAAAUUGCAUUGC